ACAGAGUAAACGUUCAUCAUGAAUCGUGGAAAGAUGUCGUUGAUCAGAGUGUUCGUAAUCCUGAGAUCGUCUUACAAGCCUUGCAAGAUCGCGAGAGAUUUGAUUUGGUUCAAGAAUGGAUCGAUGUUUAUGGUUAUCCAUCCAACUUACGGGAGAAAAUACACGAAGAUUACCUGAAAUUCUUGCUGACAAAAACUCCGAUUGACGUCACAGAAGUUUACAUGUAUCUGGAGAAAAUACAAGAUCCUGAAAAGACUUUGGAAAUUUGUGAACGGUUGUUGGCGAAACAAUUACCAACUCCUAACACAGUAUUUAUUACCCACUUUAUGAUUACAGACCUCGGCGCUUUGGUAAAUCCUGAUAGAAAACGCGAGCUACUUCGGCAGCAACUUGGCGCCAAAGCUGCUCUGUGUAUUCCCGAGUGCAACCGAACACCGUACGAGACGCUUACGUCUCAACCGUUGUUGUUGUUGGAGCAGCUUUUGAUAGAUAUGAAAGUGGAAUGGGCAGGAAAAGUGUUCGAAGAUUUGCAGGCAGAAUUGAAGACAAACGGGAAUUACGACGAGCUUUUUAAAGAAGAGAUCUCUGUGGAAGCUUUUGAUAAACUCUUAGUUGUUUACGCCACAAAAGCGCUGAAAUUUAAUGUGGUGACUUACGAGCAAGAGGACAUGGACACGCGCCAUAUAAAAACGUCCACUCCUAUCAAAGGUCAUCGGAGAAAUGCUAGCAUUGACAAUAUUUUGUCAGAUUAA